AGACGCUGCUGCAGUUUUCAAACCUCAACUGUAAACUUCGGUCCCCUUCUUCACCACGGUCGCCGCGAGUCACUUCGAAGGGAACCAGUUCACAAGUGUUGACCUCUGUCUGGAAUAGUAAGCGUGGACUCUGCCAAGUUCCGAGUUACCCGGCGCCUCACCUGCUAGAGCUGGAGAACGCGUCCAGUUGCCGCCACCCGCGUGGAGCGGGACGGGAGCCCAGGGACCGGAGCCCCCUCCAAGGGGGCAGCCUGGAGAGAGCCUGCUGCGUCCGGAGCGGUCAGUGUACUGCGCCUCGCGGGUCCGCGGUCCAGCCGGGAUUGAGGGAUAAUAUUAAGUGAUUAGAGAAGCAUCUCUGGGAGUCAGCUAAGAUGUCUCGGAGAAGAUUUGAUUGUAGAAGUAUUUCAGGCUUGUUAACUACAACUCCUCAAACUCCAAUGAAAAUGGAAAACUUUAAUAAUUUCUAUACACUUACAUCUAAAGAGCUUGGAAGAGGAAAAUUUGCUGUGGUUAGACAAUGUAUAUCAAAAUCUACUGGCCAAGAAUAUGCUGCAAAAUUUCUAAAAAAGAGAAGACGAGGACAGGACUGUCGAGCAGAGAUUUUGCAUGAGAUUGCUGUUCUUGAAUUGGCAAAGUCCUGUCCCCGUGUGAUUAAUCUUCAUGAGGUCUAUGAAAAUUCAAGUGAGAUCAUAUUGAUAUUAGAAUAUGCUGCGGGUGGAGAAAUUUUUAACCUGUGUUUACCUGAGCUGGCUGAAAUGGUCUCUGAAAAUGAUGUUAUCAGACUCAUUAAACAAAUACUUGAAGGAGUUUAUUAUCUACAUCAGAAUAAUAUCGUACACCUUGAUUUAAAGCCACAGAAUAUAUUAUUGAGCAGCAUAUACCCUCUUGGGGACAUCAAAAUUGUAGAUUUUGGAAUGUCUAGAAAAAUCGGGAAUGCAUGUGAACUUCGGGAGAUCAUGGGAACACCAGAAUACUUAGCACCAGAAAUCCUGAACUACGAUCCCAUUACCACAGCAACAGAUAUGUGGAAUAUUGGUAUAAUAGCAUACAUGUUGUUAACUCAUACAUCACCAUUUGUGGGAGAAGAUAAUCAGGAAACAUAUCUUAAUAUUUCUCAAGUUAAUGUAGAUUAUUCAGAAGAAAUUUUUUCAUCAGUUUCACAGCUGGCCACAGACUUUAUCCAAGGCCUUCUAGUAAAAAAUCCAGAGAAAAGACCAACAGCAGAAUCCUGCCUUUCUCAUUCUUGGCUACAGCAGUGGGACUUUGGAAGCUUGUUUCACCCUGAAGAAACUUCUAGCUCCUCUCAAAUUCAGGAUCAUCCAGUAAGGUCCUCUGAAGAUAAGACUUCUAAAUCUUCUUGUAAUGGAACCUGUGGUAAUCGGGAAGACAAAGAGAAUAUUCCAGAGGAUAGCAGCAUGGUUUCCAAAAGAUUUCGCUUUGAUGACUCUUUGCCCAAUCCCCAUGAACUUGUUCCAGAUUUACUCUGUUAACACUUUUCUCUUUGACUCAUUUGGAUUGACUUUGAAAUUUGAAAUCAACUCCAUUGUGAGAUGUGCUUUGUAGCUUCAUAUAUGACUGUUUAUAUUGUAAAUUAUCUUUGGCAUAGUAGAAUUUAGGGAAGUCUAGUUGCUUGCAUAAUAUCAUUUGUUCCACUGAGAUAACUCCACAGAGAAGGAAAUAUUUAAAUACAUGACAAAAUAAAAUUUUACAUGUGAGUUCACAUGGUAAUGAAAAGUUCAAGUUCAAGUGAACUUAAAAAUAUUUUACAUAUCAGGAAAAAAAAAGUCUGUGCUAUAUUAUGAUUGCUGUAAACUGAACAAAAAAAAUGAAUGCUUUGGAAUUUAAUAGGUUCUCUCUUAAGAUGAGUUCUAUACCAUAAUUCUAUUGACAUAAUUUCUUUAGGAAAACAGUGUAAAGUUAAGCCAAAGUAUAUUCUUUAUAGAUGCUUCAGAGAUGUUUUACAAUAAAAUGUUUUUAAAUUAUGAAUAUUUUGAAACUACAUACAAUUUCAAUUAUUUAUGAUCUGCUGUGUGAAAGAGGUUCUUUAACCAGAGCAAAAAGGAAGUUAAAAGAAUGAUAUCCUCUGCAAGUCAGAGCAAAGAGUAAUAACAUGGCUUUAUUUUUUAACUCAAACGACUUUUGCCCACUCUCAGGAUAUUUCAGAUCUAAUAAGGUCUGGAAGAUGGAGGAUGCAUAGUAUGCAAGUAUAGUGGUUCUUCAUCCUCUAGAAUACAAGAGACUUAGGAAAAAUUGAACAUGCUCUAUUUUUAGUCAAAUGUAUUCAUCAAUUAAGUGUAGAAGAAAAUGUUGGCAGAUCCAGGCAGCUUACUGAAAUUUUGAUGUCUCCUAAAUACAAGUCCAUCAUUCAGUGCUUUAGAAGUAUAUGUAAAAAAUACCAUGGCAUCAGCAGAACUAUUAGCACAAUGCCAAGGUCAGCAUGAGAACAUCAAAUUCUCCUAAAGUUCUUGUGUGAAAUUCCUAGUAAUUAAGGAGACUCUUGGGGGAGGCCUAAGGCCACCAAGAGAAUGGCCUAUAACUAUGGUAUUUUGCUGGGAGCAAUGUGGGCAAGUCUAGGGAAAGCAGAACGUUUGGUCAAUGGCCAGAAACUGUUUAGUUCUAAUAGUGGGAGGUGAUUUAUUCAUUUUAGAGUAAUCUUUGAUGAGUUUUUCUAUCUGAUGACCAUUAAAAUAUCUAUUAUAGCAUCAUGUUAAAAUAACUGGUCUCAUGGCCAUAUUACUUUAUCAAACUGUAUAUUGACAAAACAAACAACCUCAUAUUUCCCCAUGCAGUCAGAUAUUACUAUAAUGAUUUAAAUUCCUGAAAUUUUGAUAGAUUCCAAAUUCCUUAGAUGACUUUAAACUAUUUUUUAAUGACCAUCAACUUAUUUUAUUUGACUAACUGGUGAAUUACUUUAACAUCCACAGCAUUUUUUUUUCAAUACUGAGGAUUGAAAUUGGGUGCUCAACCACUGAGCCACAUCCCCAGACCUCUUUUUAAUUUUAUAUUUUAUUUAGAGAUAGGGUAUCUCUGAGUUGCUAAGUGCCUAAGCCUCUUAAGCCACUGGGAUUACGGGUGUGGGUCACUGCACCUGGCUCAUCCACAGCAUUUUAAAAGGAAAAUUUCUCUCUACUUUGUUGUGUGUAUGUAUGUAUAUGCAUAUGUGUAUAUGUAUAGGUGUGUGUAUAUAUGUAUAGAUAGAUAAAAUAUAGUCUCUAAGCAACUUCUCUUAACCAUUCUUUGCUCUGGUAUAUUGUGCUGAACUCAGGUGCUACAAGAGCUCCCUUUUUAUGAAUAAUCAAUAUACAUAUAAAUUCUUUAAAAAGUAGUUUGUUGGUUCAAUAAACUAGAUGCCGCAGAUGCUUGAAUUGAGCUUUCAUAUAUCUGAAACUUAUGAGUUGUUUUUAAAUGUUGAGUGCCACCCCCCCCACCCCCCGCCUUUUUUUUGCCUUCAGUAUUAAGGCAAUGUGAGUAAAGCUUAGUAAAGUCAUUGAGAAUGAGGGAAUGAUUACUUUUCCAAAACACCAAAUUAUAUUUUUAAAAUUUUAGAAUAAUUAUGCUAUACCAAAAAAAUAAAAACAAAGAAAUGUUGAGUUUUGAAUUAUAAGCUACUUCUUUAAAAAUCAUUUUAUACAGGCUUUCUUUUUCUCUGAGGAAUAUUAAAAUAGUUUAAGUUUCCUUUUAGUUAAUAAAAUAUUAAGAGUUGUAAAUUUCCAUAAUGUUUUUGUAACAUUGUUUUAUUGUAAAAAAGCAACUGCUUGUUGCACAAAGAAUAUAAAAAGAAUCUUUUGAUGAAGAUAAUUUAAAUAUUUUCACUGAUUAAAUGGUGAAAAUCAAUCUUUCAAGAGAAUUUAUUAGCAAAUGACUCGGUUUUUAUUCUUUUUCUCCCAAGAUAAAAAAAAAUGUCUAUAAAAAGCAAAUGAGAUUUAUUUUCCUAAAGUAGGAAUCUAGAGAGCACCUCUGAGUAAGUAGGUGUCGGUAACACUGAAAACACAUCUGAAAAAAACUGUUAAAUUGUGAUGGUCUUAUAAAAUUAUUUGCUUUUUGAGGAGGAUCCCUGGAUAGGUGGGAUUUUGAAAUAAAUGGUGUAUAGAUGACAAUUACAAUUGCCCUUUUACUGUAAGUUGACCUAACUGAGCAGUGAAAUUAUAAUGACACUUUUAAUAAAGGAAGGUAGUACCUGUUCUCCAGUCUGUAAUGAGAUAAGGUGAUUGUGCCGGAAUAUAAAUCAACUUUUGUUUCUAUUAUUAUGAAAAAAACAAAAAACUCAACCAGUGUGACUAGUGAUGCAGUUGAUUUUCAUUCUGGCACAAGCUCUUUUUUUCAUUUUGGAUGGGUGACAAACAGUUCAAGGCCAUACUUCAAAUAGCCUUGCUCUUAAUAGCAUUUAUAAGUUGAUAUUUUAUAACUGUUUACAUUUUUUCUGUUUAUUUUUGUUUUUGUGGUACUGGGGAUUGAGCCCAGAGCCUUGCAUAUGCUAGGUAAGCGCUUUACCACUUAUUUUUAAAUUUUCAGUUUGAUAGCUGAUUUGGAAUUGUGUUCUUAAUUGUUGUGUAAACAAUUAUACUUUAAUUUCGAGUUACAUUAAAAUUAUCUGACUUCUAAUUGGGAGAAUUAUUAUUAGCUUAUAAUUUUAUAAAAGUAUCUUAAAGAACAGUAAUUGUAAAUUUCAUAUAAAUUGUUAUGCCCUGCCAUCUUCACUUUCAUUAAAUAAUCAUAUUGCUUAAAGCAUAUAAACAGACAUCAUGAAUAUUGUAAGAAAAGUCACAGAACUGUUUAUCGUCAACUUAAUGAUUCUUCUGGUUAAAAAUUAAAAAGCACUUUUUUUU